AUGAAGAGGGAGAAAUUAACUGAAGAAGAUUCGCAAUCACAGUUGGUUACGAAUCAAGGAAAUGAUAUCAAUGCUACAAAAUAAGGUAGAGACUACAGUAGCAUCAUUGAUGAAAAGGCAAUUCUCAGAAAGAAGAGAAUAAAGUGGGGUGUCAUUGGUGCAUUAAUUUUGAUUGCCAUUAUUUUGGCAAUAGUACUUCCCAUUACUUUGCAUAAAAGUGAUAGUCACCACAGUGAUCCAGACAACCCACCAACACCUCCUGCACCAUCUGGCUAUAACAACUACAAGAUUUCUAAGAAAACAGAUGACGAGUCCAAUAUAUCUGGAGAACUUUUUUCCCCAUAUGAAUACGAUCAUGAUGCUCAUAUGCUCGCAUUAAACAGAAUCAUGCCAACUUUGAAGGAUGGCACUAAGUUAGGAGUCGAUCCAACAAAAAUCCCCAAGGGUGUUAACAACAAGUUUGCUUCUAAUGUUGCAUUCAAGUUUGACAUGCUUACCUGGAGAGUGGCUAGAUUGAAUCUAUAUGAUAGCUCAGCUGACUCGAGAUACUCGAUUCCAGAAUAAGCUGUUGUUAAGCCUAAAGGAGAUGAUUCAAUGAGAGUUGAUAUGCUGGGCCUAGAACUAGCUACCGAUGACACCUUUGGCUUUAAAUUUAAGGACCCAAUCAAUCCAGAGAAGCAUUUUAUAUCUACUAUUGGAUAGACUUUAGUUCUCAUGGAAAAAUUCAUCUAAAUGGAUUUCGAACUACCAUCUCAAAGAGUUUAUGGGUUUGGAGAGAGAGUUCACGAUUUCCAACUUGAUGAAGGAACUUGGACUAUGUGGGCUAUUGGCCUUGACUCUCCUAUUGAUGAUGGAAAAGGAAGAAAGGGAACCUAUGGAGUGCAUCCAUUCAUUCUAGUCUAGACUGAUAAGCCAGGAGAUUACAUUGGUAUUUACUUCAGAAACUCAAAUGCUCAAUCUCCCGUGUUAACUUACAAAGAUGAUGGUACAAGUAUCUUGUCUUACAUCACCACAGGAGGUUAAAUUGAGGCCUAUUUCUUUAUUCAUGGAACAGCCAAAGAUAUCAUAGCUCAAUAUCAGAGCUAGUUUGGUAAGCCAUAACUUCCUCCCUUCUGGUCUCUAGGAUGGUAACAAACUUCCUGGAAAUACGUCAACUAAUCAAUUGUUGAAGAAGUUAUCGACAAAUAUGACUAGUUUGACCUUCCCUUAGAAACCAUUUACUUGGAUAUUCCCUAUAUGGAUAACUAUGUUGAUUUUACAGUUAACAAAACUGCGUUCUAUAGAAUCUAAGACUUGGCUGCUAAACUUCACAAUGCCGGUAGAAAACUGGUGUUGAUUAUCGAUGCUGCUAUUUCUGCAGAAGACAUUACUGAAAACAACAAAUAUUACACUUCAGGAAACAAAGAUAAUAUCUUUAUUAAGUCAAGUCUGUACAAUAGUAAAAAAUACAACGGUAGCUUGAUUGCUGAAGUAUGGCCUAAGAAAGCUGUUUUCAUUGAUUGGUUCAAUAAGCAAUGCAUUAAAACUUGGGGCACAGGAUUAAAUGACCUCUACAAGCUAGUUCCUUAUGAUGGCAUCUGGAUUGACAUGAAUGAACCAACAACCUUUACUCAUGGUGAGAUUAAGCCUGAUGACAUCGAAUCACCUACUCCCUCAAAGAAAAUUUGUAAUUAUUAACUUUAUUCAUUUUUUUAUUAUUUAGUCUUGAAAGACUCCUCAAAUGGAGAUUCAGACAAUUCUUGGUACUACUCCUUCCCAGAUCAAAGAAAGGAUAGCACUUUUGACAUUCCAUUUGUGCCAGGGUAUGUUCAACACGACGAUGGGAAGCCUGGCCCCUAUGAUGGAAACUUCGAUUAUAUGACUAUCUCACUUAACUCAACACUCUCAAGCAUUAAUGAAUAAGAGUAUAAUGUACACAGUCUUUAUGGUCUCAUGAUGGCUAAGACUACUCAAUAGUAUAUGACAGGCCCUGACUCACCAACUCCAGACUACAGAACAUUCAUCAAUACUAGAAGCACCUUCACUGGUUCUGGCCAAUACGCCUCUCACUGGCUAGGUGAUAACUGGAGAGAUUGGAGGUAUAUGAAACUCUCUAUUGCUGGUAUCAUGAAUAUGAAUAUGUUUGGUAUCCCACAUGCAGGUGCUGACGUCUGCGGCUUCUUUGGAGAAAAGAGAGAUGACGAAAUGUGCGCAAGAUGGAUUUAGUUAGCUACUUUCUACCCAAUGGCAAGAGCUCAUCAAAAUCUUACUUGGAAAGGAAACGAUAGCGAAAGAUCUGAACCAUACUAACUAAAGGGUGAUUACUUCAAUAUGGCUUAGGCUUCAAUCAAAGAUAGAUACAGAUACCUUAGACAUAUGUACACCUGUUUAUUCGAAGUUUCAGCCAAUGGAGGAUCAUGCAUUGAGCCGUUGUUCUUCUACUAUCCAGAAGACGCUAAUCUAUAUGCUGAUCCAACAAGUACUUUUAUGGUAGGUGGAGCUAUUAAAGUCAGCCCUAUUCUAGAGGUUUAAGACCCUAAAAUUCCUAAUUUUUCAUCUUACUUCCCAAAAGGCAACUGGGUCAGUCUUUCUUAUUUUGGAGAUAUCGUUCAAUCAAAAGGAGAAAACAUGACUCUCAGCAAUUCUUAGAAAACUGUAUAAGCUCAUUUGAGGCCUGGAUCUCUGAUAGCCUAUUAAGACACAACAAAGAAUGUAUAAUAAGAAAUCACACUCACUAAGGAUCUCAUUAACUAACCUAUUUAAAUCAUAAUUAACAGAGAUGAAAACGGAGUAGCUUAAGGAUCACUAUUCUUAGACCAAGGAAUUUCCAGAAUUGAAUUAGCUGAAAAGACAAAGGGAUACGAAUAUUACAAGAUUAAUCACUAAUCACAGUCAAUAUAGUUCUAAUUCUAUGACGGAAAGUAAGGAAAUCAAAACGCCAAGCUUGACUAGAUAGUUUUAACCAAUGCUGCUGACCUUCAAUAAGUCAGUUUUGCUUGCUACAUGAACACUACUGGAUAGAUGAAUGAUUUAAUUGUCAAAAAGGAGAGCAUCACGAAUACAGUUAAUAUUUCAUCAGCCACUGACGUUAUGUUUAACUAGAUUUUAAACGUUUACUAUGGAAGUGAAGCUAAUAAUGACAUCAAUCUAUGCAAAACUACUACAUUUUAAUACCAAAUUGUUGAUGGUAAACUACCAGAUCUUGUAGCAAACUAUACAUAGGUCGAACUUAAACCAAUGUCAAGCGUAUUAUCUAACAUUAUCGUUACAAUGAGAGUCAUCGACAUUGAUAUUGUAAAUGUAAAAUGGUCUUGGAAAACUGACAAGGAUGGCAAGCCAGUCGGUGGCUAAAAACAACCUGCAGAAGUUCCAAAUGAAUUCAUUAAUAGUAGUCUUCCAUCAUCAUCUACAAAUCUAUCUGAGUUCAUUACUGUUCAAGAUUAGCCAUUCUAAAUUACCUUCAAAUACAGAUCUUUUAACAACCCAUCAAAUGUGCUGAAGAUUGAAAGCAUGAUCUAUGAUGAAUACUUGAAUUGGAUUAAUGUUUAAGCUCAACUUGAAUCAGGAAACCAAUUCACAGGAAUAAUUGGUCUUGGUGAAAGAGCAAACAAGGACUUUUUCUUAAAGGAUGGAGUCUACUCAAUGUGGUCAAGAGAUUAACCAACUCCAGAUGAAACUGGUACUCUUCCUGCAGCUAAUAUGUAUGGAACUCAUCCUUUCUAUAUGUAUAAGCACAAAAAAGAUGCUUGGGUAGGUGUUCUUUACAAGCUUGCUCAUGCAUAAGACUGGUGGGUAAAAAAUAAUAAGACUGACGGAACUGUAAAUAUAAGCACAAUAGCAACUGGUGGUGUUGCUGAUAUCUAUGUAUUCCAAGCAAGAUUCGCUGAUGAUGUAGUCAAUAAAUACUUUAGAUUGAUUGGAAGACCAGUGAUGGUUCCACAAUGGGCACUUGGAUGGAAUUAAUGCAGAUGGGGAUACAGAAAUCUCUCAAUGUUAGAAGAUGUAGUGAACAAAUAUGAUUAGUUUAGCAUUCCAUUGGACGUAGCCUGGUCAGACAUUGAUCAUAUGGAUAAAUACAGAACUUUUGAGUACGAUAAAGUUAGGUUUGCUGGACUUCCAGACUUCAUUAAAACCCUUCAUGAUAGUGGAAGAAGAUACGUUCCGAUUCUUGACGCUGGUGUUGCAUAUAGACCUGAGAACGGCAGUUAUCCAGCAUUUACAGAGGCUAUGGAAAAAGGACUCUUUACAACUGUAGAUGGUAAGCCAUUCAUAGGCUAAGUAUGGCCUAAUGAUGCUUCUUAUCCAGAUUAUACUAAUCCAGAUACAAUUGACUGGUUCCAGACAAAUCUUGGUAAGCUCUAUGACCAGAUCCCAUUUGAUGGACUUUGGUAAGAUAUGAACGAAGCUUCAAAUUUCUGCAAUGGUGCAUGCUAUAAAUAUCAAACUGCAAGUAAACCAAUAAAAUUCAGCUUGAAAUACACUCCAACUGGAAGAGAUCUUGAAACAAAGUCGAUGCCACUUGAUACUUAACACAAAAAUGGCCUUACUCAACUUGAUACUCAUAGCUAUUAUGGAACAGAGAAUGUAAAAGCUUCUCACGAUUGGUUCCAAAGUAAAGGAAAGAGAACCUUUAUUAUUGAGAGAAGUUCAUUUGCAGGUAUGGGUAAAUUUGCCUCAAGAUGGCUUGGAGAUAAUUUCUCUGAUGAAAGAUUUAUGGGGUACUCAGUAUCUGGAGUCAUGCUAAUGAAUAUCUUCGGCAUUACAUUUGCAGGGUCAGAUAUUUGCGGUUUCAUCGGUGAUACUAAUGCUAAUUUAUGCGCUAGAUGGCACUUCCUUGGAUCAUAUUAUCCUUUUUCAAGAAAUCACAAUAACUGGGGCUAAAUUUCUCAAGAACCAUGGGCAUGGGGAGAUUAAACAUAUGAGGGCAAGAAAUACAUUGAUCACUUCACAGAUGCCAUAAAGUAGAAGUACUCAUUGAUUAGAUAUUACUACACAAAUCUCUUUAUGGUCAGCUAUCAAAGUCAAAGCACUUUCUUCAAACCAGUGUUCUUCGAGUUCCCAGAUGAUAUGAACACCUAUGUCAAUGUGACUCAAAAUGUUAUGCUUGGAAAAGCGCUUAAACUUUCAAUAAACUCAGAAUACGUUGAUUAAAACAUCACUUAAUUCUAUUUACCUGCUGGUAUCUGGUGCAACAUGACAGUAAACACUCUUUGUACUGCAAGCACUGGGUAAUUCUAUAACUUAUCAACAAAAGUUAAUGAGACUUAUUUGGCUUUGAGACAAGGCUACAUAGUACCAUACCAGAAUGUUUCAGUACAAAGCUUCAAAAAUUCAAAGAACCUUCAAGAUUUACCAAUAGAACUUCACGUGCUUGGAGAGCCAGGCUCAAAGCAUGUCAAUUGGAAUUCUCAAGGUGUAUAUAUAAAUGAUGAUGGAGAAUAAUUGAAUGUAGCAGGAAACUUUAAUGGAUAUAAUUUCAUUGCUAGAGCUACUGAUACUUAAAGCAUAUCACUUAGAGUGCUAACAACUAUUGCUGCCACCAACUACACUGAUAAGAUGGAAAAAGGAUGCUCAGGAGUGAAUCAAAAUGAUUAUCUAGGAUCAAUUUACUUCUACAAUGCUAAAGACUUCCAAAAUAAUAUUCCUUACAAGGUUACCAUCACAUUCGCUGAUUCAACAGUUCCACAAGAUGUUGGCCAAGCAAUUUAUAACCCAACAACAGAUAGACUUGAAAUCAGCUUCAAGUCUUCAAUGUGCUUGGCAAGAAUCUAGGUCAUCAAUUUCAAUAAGGCAUGA